CGGCCCGAGGUCCAGCUUGAUUAUGCCGAUUACCAGGGUGUCAAGAACCACUUGACGGGCACCAAUGACUUCCUUGGCAUGCGCUUCGCCACAGCCAACAGACUGGAAGAGGCCAAAUUCAUUGACCCUGCCACCAAGCCCAAGGACAUACAGGAUGCCAGCAAGUACGGCAAUGCCUGUCCACAAGUUCAACUAGCAGGCAACCCUCUCAACUUCGGUGCAGCAGACGUGGCCGAAACCCUCACGUUCAUUCAGCAAAUUGCUGCCCCACCCGGCCUGGUCCAGGGUCAGUCGGAGGAUUGUCUCUUUGCCAAUGUACAAGUCCCCGAAGGCGUCAAGAAGGGUGACAAACUACCUGUCCUCCUAUGGAUCCACGGUGGUGGUUACGAGCUGGGUGCGGCCAAUUCCGUUGGUUCCGAAGCGACCACUCUCCCUAAUGUCAUCUACCAGGGUGGCAACCUCGUCAAACGCUCUGUCGAGAUGGGCAAGCCUGUCGUCUUCGUCUCGGCCAACCAUCGUCUCAACUUUUUCGGCACGCUGGCUGGUAAGGAGAUCUCCGAUGCCAAGGUCGAGAACCUUUACCUCAAGGACCAACGUCUCUUCAUGAAGUGGCUCAAGAAAUACGUUGCCGAGUUCGGCGGUGACCCGGAUCACAUCGUUGCCUUCGGAGAGAGCGCUGGUGCCAUGUCACUUGGUUGCCACUUUGCCAUCAACCCUCGCGAGACCGAAGACUUCAUCAAGGGUGCCUGGAUGUUCUCGGGCGGUCCCAUGAAGCUCUCUCCCCCCUCGCGCGUUCAGCGAGUAUACGACGACUUCGUCGAGGCUGCUGGCUGCCAAGGACAGGCAGACACGCUCGCCUGCCUCAAGAAGGCCGACUACGAUGGCAUCUACCGUCAGAUUCAACGUACACCCAACUUCCUGGGCUACACCAGCACCGAAGUUCCAUGGUACCCUCGACCCGACGGCUAUUUCCUGAAAGAGUCACCGCAUGUGACCUGGAAACGAGGCGACAUUGCCAAGAUUCCCAUGGUCAUAGGUGAUAUGAAAGAUGAGGGUACGAUCUUCUCGCAGGUCAACCAGCUCAACGUGACGACAACCGAUGACUGGAAGAAGCUGUUCAAGGACAUCUGGUGGCCUGACACGGUCACCGAUGAGAACCUAGACCGGCUGGCCGAGCUGUACCCCGACAACCCCACCCAAGGUUCACCCUACGACACUGGUCUUCGUAAUGCCUUGACGCCUCAGUACAAGCGCAUCGCUGCCCUUACAGGAGACUCGACCUUUGAAAGCCAACGCCGAUUUGCCAACGAGGUGGCCAGCAAGACACACAAUCAAUGGUCAUACCAAAUCGAGAUCGACCUUCCCGUCCUGUCGUCACUGCCCGUUCUUGGUCAAAUUCUUAAGGACACCAAUAUCACGAACUAUCCUCAGCUUGGCUCUUUCCACAUCGCCGACGUUGUCCUGCACGCAUUCGGAACGGUCCCUCCAGAGCUCUCAAAGAACAGCCUUCACAUCAUGUCGUGCCUCAUCGCCUUUGCAAACGAUCUGGACCCCAACGGACAUGGGCUGGACCUGCCUCAGUGGCCUCAGUACAAGUGGGGCGAGCCGGCCAUCGGUCAGGAGCAACUCUUCCACUUCACCGAGCCCAAGGUGGACCUGAUUCCCGAUGGAUUCCGCCGCGAGGCGAUGCAGUACCUGAACGACAAUCCAGAGUCAUUCCUUUUCUAA